AUGGUGACCAAUUUGGAGAUAUUGUCAAAAGAGAUGAUUAAACCAUCAUCUCCAACACCCCAUCACCUUAGAAACCUCCAAUUAUCCUUGCUAGACCAAAUUGUACCAUCUGCUUACAUCCCUCUUAUUUUCUUCUACAAUGCUAACCAGUUGCAAUCUAGUAACAAAGACCAUCCCAAAAUUGCUCAAAUCCUCAAGCAAUCCUUGUCUAAUGUUUUGACUCAAUUUUAUCCCUUGGCAGGAGGGCUUACCAGUGAGAUAUCUUCAGUUGAUUGCAAUGAUUCUGGUGCACUGUUUGUUGAAGCUCAAGUUCAUACUACCCUCUCGGAGGUUACAGAAAAACCCAUCAUGGAGGAACUCAAACAAUUUGUUCCUCUUGAGUCAAAUUCCAGAAAUGCCAUGGAUAAGCCCAAGACAGUAGUUCUUGCCGUUCAAAUCACUUUCUUUGAUUGUGGAGGCAUAGCUGUAGGAGUGCAAAUUUCGCACAAAAUUGCCGAUGGCACGUCCUUGGUUACAUUCUUGAAUUCAUGGGCAGCAAGCUGCCGCGGAGAUGAUGAACAUAUGUUACCACCUGCUUUUGAGUGGGCGAAACUUUUUCCUCCAAUAGACAUGUCAUGUUUUGGUUUCAAACCACCCACAGCCAAGACGAAAGAAAAGAUUGUGACUGAACGCUUUGUUUGA